AGCCCUUGCCCCGCCCCGCGCUCUUGCGGCGGGCCGCGCAGGCGCAGGGGGGCCGAGGCGGGUCACCGGCUGGCGGGCGCCUGAAGAGCGGCGGCGGUGCCGGGCGCGAAGCAUGCUGUCCCUCCUGGCCCGGGCGGCCGCCGGGCCGCUCCGCUCGCUGGGCCGCUCGCCCUUCUGUUCCCUGGCCCCGUGGUGGCGGCGGGCGGCGGCGCCUGUGAGCCGGGCCCUGCCGCUGUGGUGCGGGGCGGCCGCCGCCGCCCCCCGCGCCCUGCUGGCCCGCCCGCUGCCGGCCCCCCACAACGGGCUGCUGCCGCCGCCGCCGCCCUGCGCGGGGCUGAAGUCGAAAACCUCGCUGAAGAGGCGGUGCAAGGACUGCUUCAUCGUCCGGCGGCGGGGCCGGCUGUACGUCUACUGCAAGACCAACCCCCGGCACAAGCAGCGGAAGCUGUAGCCCCCGGGACCUCGGAGAGCUGGCUGCGGGCGGCACGGAUCGGAAAAUGGUGACGGUGUCUCAUCUUAACGCUGACCUAGAGCGAGUUGUGUCCCUGACGGCCAGUGCCGUAACUUCAGGCCGUGGUGCUGAGAGCCGGAGUGGGAAGCUGCAACCUUCGUGACCUCUCGUCAUCUUAGCCGUGAAGCCUUACUUCCAGGCACCUCGCUGUUAAGUUAGUAAAGCUGAAUCAUCAGACUCUGAGAUGCGUUUGUGUUUAAUUAAAGCGAAAUGAAGAUAAACGCCGCCGGUUGCGUAUUACUACAAUAUACAAUGAAUCUGUCUUUAAAAAAAACAAAUGAGAACCCUAGGUGUUGAAAGCUCUGAUAACAGAAGCAAUAGUUUCAAACUCAGGCGGGCUCUUUUGUGGCAAAUAAUAUUAAAUAUGUUCAUUGAAAGAUGAUGUUCUGGCGUUUGUCUUGGUUCAGAGGUGUGGUAAAAAUUUAACUAUAGAGUUGCAGCAGACACGUAGCUUCAGUAAUGCCGGUGUAAAUAAGCCUUGUUGCUUAUCAUUGCAGGUUCUGAGGGGAGAUGGUGGUACUUUAAUUAGUAUGAAGUAGUCAACAGGUUUUUAAGUUUUAGUGUCUAAAGCCACUUAAUGAUAUAUUGACCAUUCACAGUGUAUUUGGAAGUGUUCUUAGCCGCCUCUUGCUUCAGAGAAGUUAUCUGUGGUGUUUCUGGUGUACCUGCUAUUCUAUAGUUUCCUGAACCUUAACCCAAAUAAAAAUUUGGGAAUCGUU